CUUCUUGCUUGUUGCCUUUAAUUAUCCCUUUGGCUAUUAAGUAGUCUACCAUCAGCCAUGGCUUCAUCUUCUUUUCACCCACUCAUAUGCCUCACUUUCUUAUUCAUUGCAUCAAUGGCUUCAGCGCAAUUGACUGCUAACUUCUACAACCGAACUUGCCCGACUGCUAUGUCUAUUAUUCGAGGUGGUGUUAGCACUGCAAUCGCAAGAGAGCGCCGCAUGGGUGCAUCAUUGCUCCGCCUUCAUUUUCAUGAUUGUUUUGUUAACGGUUGUGAUGCAUCAGUUUUGUUAGAUGCUACUGCCACUUCCCCCGGGGAGAAAUCAAGUCGUUCAAAUGCGAAUUCAAUUAGAGGCUUUGAAGUCGUUGAUACCAUAAAAUCUCAAUUAGAGAGUUCAUGUCCUGGCGUGGUCUCAUGUGCAGAUCUCUUAACUGUUGCUGCUCGAGAUGCUACUGUUGCUCUUGGUGGACAAACAUGGAAUGUGGUUCUUGGAAGAAGGGAUUCGGCCACUGCGAGUUUAGAUGCCGCUAAUUCCGAUCUCCCCUCGCCAUUUUUGGAUCUUCCUCAGCUAAUCUCUGUAUUUGGAAACAAAGGUUUCUCUCCACAAGAAAUGGUUGCUCUUACUGGAGCUCAUGAAAUCGGGCAAGCUAGCUGUGGAGUGUUUAGAGAGAGAAUCUACAAUGAAACCAACAUCGAUCCAUCUUUUGCAUUAUCCAUGCAAACAAAUUGCCCUAGAACCGGUGGUGAUGCCAAUCUGGCUCCUCUCGACAGCACUACUCCGACUGUUUUCGAUAACGCUUUCUUUAGAAACUUGGUUAACCAAAGGGGUCUUCUUCAUUCCGAUCAACAAAUUUAUAGUGGAGGUUCCACAAACGCUCAGGUUGACCGAUACAGGCUCAACUCUGCUGCUUUCUUUACGGAUUUUGCCAAUGCGAUGGUGACAAUGGGGAACCUUAGCCCUUUAACCGGUACUAAUGGCCAGAUUAGGACCAACUGCAGGAGGGCAAACUAAGUUCAAGCAUCAAGGGUUGUGUUCCAUCGAUGUUAAUUGUAUUUUCCUAGAGAACUUGUACAACUUUUAUACGACUUCAUUGGAAUAGUAUGUUAAACUGGAUUUACGAU